ACAUCAUCGUGUGGUUAUAUCUAUCAGAUGUCGCGUUCUCUUUGUUUGGGAAAGUGCAGAAUAUUCACCAUGGCUGGUAGUCUACCUUAUGUCCUUAUUUUGAUGACUUUUUUCUGUAUGGAACAGUCUAUUGGUUAUAGAUUAAUAAUGCCACAACAGCAAAACAAGCCACCACAGAUGCCCAGAACUUUGUUCUCUAAAAUUAAAAAUAUAUCGUCAACUGACGAUUUCGUCAAAUCAAUGGGCAAGUACCUAUCACAGUCACAAAUCAGGGCACUGAAAGAAGCGUCGCGUAGGCAGUCGUUAAAGUCGCGCAGUGCAGGAGGAGUAUCAGCAACGGCACCAGAUAUGAUCGAUCUCAAUCUUCAGCAUUGCAAGUUGCGUCCUUACGUACAUUUUGUACAGCAACCACCUCCUAGCGAGAGCGCAUUUCUCUGGCCAUUUGCUGUACAAAUCCCUCGCUGUAUUGGUUCAUGUAAUACCCACCAAAGCAUCUACCGGUGUGGUGGAAAGACCAAGACUGUUAUUCCUCUGACGGUUUACAGAGUGCCAUUUCCUUCCAGUCGAAAAAGGCGGGAUGUCAUGGAAGAAUUGGAAAAGUUGGAAGAUCCUGUUCACGAGUUAAGAAAACGCAGUGUUGGCCAGAUUCAGACGCAAACUAUAAAUUUGGAGGGUCACGCGGAUUGCAAUUGCGAGUGCGUGGAAACCAAUAAAAGUUGCGCCAGAGAAAACAAAGUACUCAACAGCGAAUUUUGUGAUUGUGAAUGCCCAUAUGUGAGAAGUUGUACAUAUCCAUUCCGGUGGGAUGAAAAUCAAUGUAAAUGCUCUUGUGGUGAAGAUCCUUCUAAGAAAAACCGCGAAUGUCGCUACAAUAUGAAUAUGAAAGGUGUUUGGAAUCAUGACAAGUGUGCCUGUGAAUGUGAAUCCAAGUCUAAGUGCUAUCCUUCCAUCACAAAAUGGAAUGUGUUAAAUGGAACGACUUGUGAAUGUACAUGUUCCGUGACAAAGUGUGAAUCGGGUAAAACCCUUCAUAAACGAUCAGGUCAAAAGUGGUGUUAUUGUAGGUAGAGGCCACCUUGGAAUUUGACAAUAACCUUGUGACAUUAAUAACUUUCAACAAUCAAUUGCAAGACAUAAGAUGAUUGAAUAGCAGUAUUAUGUGUUUGUAAAAUAAAUAAGAGGCAGGAUAUUAUUUUUAUGGUAGAUGGGAAAUUUGCAGAACAUCGACAACAUAUAUGUGUUAAGUUUAAUCAGUUUUAAAAUUUUUAAAAUAUAUGGUGCGUAAUAACAGUCUUUAUUAUAAGUAUAGACGCCCAUCUUUCAAAGCCAUGUAAAGAUUAGUAGUUUCAGUGCUGCUUUCCACUGUCGCGUUUUUUGCACGUACACGCACGUAAAAGCUUAAAACCUUGAAGUUGUU